GUACUACGGCUUGAGGAAGAAAACAAAAUGGCGUCAGGAAUAGAUGAUGAACAGAGUUUGAAAGAGUGUGAAGCUUAUGUACAGCGGCAUAACAUCCAGCAGCUGUUGAAGGAUUCGAUUGUUCAACUCUGUAUUAAUAGACCUUCAAAUCCGGCGUCUUUUUUGAAAGAUUAUUUCGCGAAAUUGGAGCAGGAGGGGCGGUCUAAGAAGACGACGUCGCCUCUACAGGAUGACAGCGAUGAGCAGUCACCGCUGCCAACGCAGCCUCCCACCAAGGGGCGUUGUCGUCGUGGAGCAGUCAGCGCGGAGGUCUACACCGAGGAGGAUGCUGCCAGCUACGUGAAGAAGGUCGUCCCGAAGGACUACAAGACGAUGCAGGCGCUCUCAAAGGCCAUCGAGAAGAAUGUUCUCUUCGCUCAUCUUGACGAGAACGAGAAAAGUGACAUCUUUGAUGCGAUGUUCCUGGUCAUGCACCUAGCUGGAGAGACCGUCAUAAAGCAAGGUGACGAGGGUGACAACUUCUACGUGAUUGACAUGGGCGAGGUGGAGGUGUUUGUCAACGACGAGAUGGUGACGACGAUCAGCGAGGGAGGCAGCUUUGGCGAGCUGGCCCUUAUCUAUGGGACCCCACGUGCCGCCACCGUGCAGGCCAAGACAGACGUGAAGCUGUGGGGAAUUGACAGGGAUUCAUACAGACGGAUAUUGAUGGGUUCAACCAUGAGAAAGAGAAAGAUGUACGAAGAGUUCCUCAGCAAAGUGUCCAUUCUAGAGAACCUGGAGAAGUGGGAGCGGCUGACGGUGGCCGAUGCACUGGAACCAUGCACCUUCCGAAAAUGAGAGGCAGUGACAGAGGAAGGGAAGGCGGGAAAGGAUUAUCAUACACGCACACAGGGCACGGCUGUCGUACUGCAGAGACGAUCGGAGAACGAGGAACCAGUCGAGGUGGGCCGCCUAGGAGUGUCCGACUAUUUCGGUGAGAUUGCGCUGCUGCUGGACCGACCGCGUGCAGCCACCGUCAUGGCGCGCGGGAUGCUGAAGUGUGUCAAGCUGGAUCGCGCACGCUUCGAACGCGUGCUCGGCCUCUGCGCGGACAUCCUCAAGCGCAACAUCGCUCAGUACAACAGCUUCGUCUCGCUGUCCGUGUAGAGCGCGCCGGCGUGCGUACGUAGAGGACGUCGGCUGCGUAGAUUGCCGCACGUAGGGGGCGCCGGCAUGCCCAGCGCAUCGGAAUCUGUGGAUCACUGUGUGUGUGUGUGUGUGUGUGUGUGUGUGUGUGUGUAUCUGUAUCGUGAGAGUGUUUCUUCCCCCGAGUAUCUCCCUCUUUUCUUUUCUAACCUCUCGCUGCCUUCUUUCAUCUUCUGUUUUUUCUUCUCUGCUAAUCUCUCCGUUCUGACUGCUCACAUAAAUUCAUUCUUCCCUUUACUCCUUUCAGUCUACUCUCUUCUUCUCUUCACUUCUCUGUCUCCUUUCUUCUUUUGCUUCUCUCUCCUCUCGUUUGUCUUCUUUUUCUACUCUUCUCUGUCUCCCCUUCUUCUCUCCUCUUGUGCUAAGCUUUACUUCUUUUGCUCCCCCUUAUUCUGCUCUUUGCUUGCCGAAAUUAUGUCCCUCCAUUCUUACCUUCUUUCUAAACGUCUUAAAAUGUUGCAAAUUCUCGUAUAGAUAUGUUGAAAAGGCUAGAGUGAGAACUUUUAUUUGAUCGUUGAUGCUGCAUUUAGUGAAGCAGUUAUCUGUCAAAACUCGGCCUUCACGUCCGAUGCUUGGCUGCUGCAGCUGCUGCCACCUGGCGAUUAUGUAAUGAAACUAGUCACGGAAAUGCAGCUUGGUUCAGCGAUGUGUGGAGGUGUGAGGACAACAGCUGUUUCGAUGUUAGAACUCCGCACGAGGGUAGAUGACGCGUUAUUAAGAGACGUCACAUCUCCUGAUAGGUUUAGCUAACUUUGUCGGGCGACGGCUACUGCUGUUCAAUUCAUCACUAAGAAAUGUGUGUUUAAGCUGACUGGUGGGACAGUGGUAGUACUGUUCAUCGCUGGUUUUCUGUGUGUAUGUCUGAUCUCAGCAUGAAUCGAGAUGCAUGCAGAAUAUGUCACUGUUGGUAGAUUCCUGCCCCACUUGCUCACAUGUACACACCACACUGUGUCACACACAACACAAUGUCACACUGUGCCACACACACUGCACCACACAACAUCACAUCACACCACAGGUUACAUCACACCUGGCACCACACGUCACAUCACACCAACCCACACCACACCACACCACACCACACCACGCCACACCACACCAUUACACACAAAGGCCACCACCAAUACAUCACAUUACACCAAACCACAUCAAACCACACCACACCACACUAGCACGUACGGUGCCUAGAUUAACAGCUGGUUAGAGUACAGUUAAGUGGUUACAAUACUAUUCAGAUAUCGCAAAGUAAUCCACUGCAAGUAUGUGAAGUCGUUUUAUCUUAAUAUCAUUGUAAUCGUCGCUGUUAAGUUUGUAUUAGUUGCUGUGUGUGCACAGCCGGAAGAACAAAAACUGACAUAUUGUAAAAAAAAGGAUGUAAGAGAAUUUAAUGAGUUUGUUCAUGUCGUGAGAUACUAAUGUUGGUUUGCUAAUAUAUUAGUGUGAAAGAGCAGCAAAAAUGGGCAACCUAAAAUACUGAGCAGCAGAUCAAGAGCUUAUCGAUUAAUUGUAUUGAUUUAUUAGUUAACUGAUUUGCCUGUGGCGCUACUUGCAGUUAUAAUUAGUGUUGAAGGUCGCCGCCACUGAAAGGUCAAGGUUAUCGAAUAAAAUUCCGCACGUGUUUGCGAUGGCCAGCAGUGGGCGUGCAUGUCGGUGGACAGGACCUAUGCUGGGCUGAUUAGUGGACGUAGUGCCGGUCGUCCGCAUAUCACUGUAUAGCGGAGACGUGUCGUGGUUAGCAUUUAUAUACGUGUGCGCAAGUUUGAGUCGGUGUCGGUGUCUUCAUGUGCGCUAGCGGUGGACAAAGAACCAGGGCUGUGGGGAACGGAAAUUGCUGUCUGCCAGAUCGGGAGCUUCGAUCGACUGGCGUGGAUUAUUGUUUUACAAAACUGUAGACGUCUGCGUGCGCGUGUGAUAGACAUGUCACUUGCUAUAGGUUUGAGAGUCUCACGAUUUUGCUUACGGGAUUUUGCGUCAUUGCAUGACAUUAUAUUAUAUUAUCCCUAUUGGAUGUUUAUACCCAUAACAAAACGCACCAAAAACGCACUAGCAUGACAUAGUUUUGUUGUAAUAGUUGAGGGUUACCUUCACAGAAUAAAGUUCGUGCAUGCAGUGUUGAAUUUGUGUAUAUAAUGGGGUGUAUAAUACCUAUACAGAAUUAUCAUAGAACCAUUAUUACAAGUAUACUCUGACGAGUAAAUUUGCUAUUGAGCCUAUAUAAUGGUAACGUCCCAAUGUUGUCUGUCGCUCGGAUUGCAUUCUCUUGCCAGGAAUCGUCGUCCCCUAACACCUAGCGAGUGUAUUUUAUUGUGUAAUAAAUCGGGGAAUAAUAGGAGGAACCAGACCUAGGUCUACCUAUGUAGCGCAGGAGUCCCGUGGCAGAGGGAUGGGCUACAUAGGUACAGCUAUGUGUAUGUAACCCUGUGUGUUACAGCGUGAUGUAAAUGUUCAGCAGCUAUGAUGCUACUAGAUUCAGUCCACUCACAUAUAGUACGUUUAGACUAACCGUAGUCUAGUCAUAACGAGUAGUGUGGAUCUACGUUGAUGCUAUAGCUCUAUCUAUGUAGCUCCUCGCUAUAUGCAUCACUCUAUUGCGAGUCGAGGGGCUAGAUAGGCAGGUCUAGCUACAACGAUACAGACUAGCUGAUUCUAAAUGAGAGCGGUGCAAACGCUGCCGUAUUAAAUUUUAAGGACAUGUUUUAACACGUGUCGUCUUGCAUAUCUUCUACAAUAGCAAUUCUUACGCGUGUCAGGUCUGGCGCUAUACAUUUGCGAUUUAUAAAAUCUAUGGAUAUGUUUAUAUCCAUAGUAAAAAUUAUAUCCAUAGUAUCAGCUGUAGAAGUAAUAAAUGGUUAAUUAGGGAAAAAACGCAGAAUUGUUGUGGAAGGGGUGGAGAUGUCACAUGCCGUCUUGUCGUUUGUGUUCUCUUACUGUGAGCGUGUUCUAUCGAUAUACUCUCUUUGCAGGUUUCUCUACAUUGUGAAAUAUUUUCAAUCGUGUUAUAUUCGAAGUAGCUUCUGUGGUAAGGAGUACAAGUUACAUGUAGAGACGUCAAGUUUCGUUAUUUUAUCUUCGAUUGAAAUGUUAUCUGUUAGCAUUAGGUUAUAGUGAUGCAUGCGCGUCUAUAUGUUAUGUUAAGCAAAAGGCUGUAAAUGUUAUUGAUGUCGAAGUAUGUAAUAAAAAGAACCAUUAUUUAUGCCAAAAUUAAAUUUCAUGGCAGAUAAUUCUGGUACAUCCUCGAAAUA